ACCUGGAAGAGUUAUGCUUCAUCUGGAUCAUAUUCCUUUUCAGAUUUCUAGAGUGUACUCAGCCAUCCGCCAAUAAAAUAUAUCCCUUCCAAUUAUCAAUUCAUCACUCCAUCCAAGUUAUUAUUCAUUUUGUGACCUUACUUGAACAGGAUCUGUUCUAUAGGGUUGCACCUCUAAUUAAUCCUUUACUCUAAUGAGAAAGUAAGUUAUUGUUCAUAUUUGAUCUUAGUUUAUUUGAUUCAUUACCUUCGCAGUCAAUCUCAUACCCAUUUCGCUUGAUUUUCGUCCGGAUAAGAUCUGGUUCGUGUUCCGCAUUUCCAGCCCCAUCAAUGUCAUCGUCAGCUAGCUCAGGAAACCAUGGUUAUCAAAUCCCGCGAUCCAUUCUUGAUCGGAACCAAUCGGGAAACCCUGACCUAGAAACCCACCUGUCAGGAAAUCGGAACGGAAUCAAGUCUUUGGUGGGUUCUUUCACAAGCAAUGCUAACUGCCCGCAUUUCCCCAUGAUCCGAUCCAAAUUCGUGCCCAGCCUAUUCCAGAAUCUGCGGAAGUGCCUGAGAGUAAAGCCCCUGUGGAGGGCGUCCAUCCGCCGCGACCCUGUUGUUAGAUGUGGGGCAUGUGGGCUGGCUGGGCCGCGGCUGUAUGCGUGUGUGACUUGCCCCUCUGUGUUCUGCCACUUGCACGCGCUGCCGCACGCGGCUGAGUCAUUGCACCACUUCUCUGUUGACAUUGAUCGCGGUGAGCUUUUCUGUUGCUCUUGCCGUGACCAGGUGUAUGAUUUUGAUUUUGAUGCUGCUGUGGUUUUAGCUCAGACCAAUGCUACCAUGAUUGGUUCUAUCAGCCAUCAGCUGCAGCCACUGCAGGAGAGUGUUAGAAAGCGGAGGCGUGUGGAUUAUGAACCGCAGUUACCUGAUCUGAAUGAGCAAGCCUUGAUUGUAGACGAGUCUAUGCCAUUAUCCACUCAAGCCGGAGAUGAAUCUCGCUCACCAGACCAUCCUUGGGGAUUGAGAGGCCUUAAUAAUCUUGGCAAUACCUGCUUUAUGAACUCUGUGUUGCAAGCAUUGUUGCGUGCUGCACCAUUAAGGAAUUAUUUUUUGAAUGAUAUGCAUAACCGAUUUAUUUGUGAGGGAACAAGUAGUAGGAGUAUGAUCACAAGAUCAGGAGAAAGUAAAAAAAGCGUGAAGUUUUGCUUGGCAUGUGAUUUGGACGCGAUGUUCUCUGCUGUUUUUUCCGGGGAGCAGAUUCCAUAUAGCCCUGCAAAAUUCCUUUACAGCUGGUGGCAACAUGCAAAUAACCUAGCAAGUUAUGAACAACAGGAUGCCCAUGAGUUUUUCAUAUCCAUUCUUGAUGCACUUCAUGAAAGGUUGCAUAAUGAUAAUCAUAAGCCUCAUGAUCCUGGCAGUGGGAACUGCUGUAUUGCUCAUAAAGUAUUCUCUGGAAUCUUACGGUCUGAUGUGAUGUGCACGGCCUGUGGAUUCACAUCCACAACGUUUGACCCAUUUGUUGACAUCUCAUUGGAUUUGGAACCGAACAGAGACGCUCCCGGAAAGGUGGCAUCAACAAAAUCAUCUCAUCACUCUAACAAUAAACAAGCAGACUUGGUGAGUUCUAGCAACAACAGUGGAAUGUCUACCUUGGUAGGGUGUUUAGACCGAUUUACAAGACCUGAAAAGUUAGGGUCAGACCAAAAGUUUUUCUGCCAACAGUGUCAAGUUAGUCAGGAGUCCCUCAAACAGAUGUCCAUAAGCAAACUGCCCUUGGUUUCAUGUUUCCAUAUCAAAAGAUUUGAGCACUCCCACAUCCGGAAAAUGUCCAGAAAGAUUGACCGCUACCUGCAGUUUCCUUUUUCCUUGGACAUGGCACCAUAUCUAUCUUCCUCUAUAUUGAGGAACCGGUUCGGAAAUAGACUUUUCUCCUUUGAUGAUGGGUACGAAGAAAAAGAGUCAUCGUCCACUGAAAUUACAUCGGAGUUUGAACUGUUUGCUGUCAUCACACAUAACGGGAAUCUUGAUGCCGGGCAUUACGUGACAUAUUUGAGGUUGAGUAAUCAAUGGUACAAAUGUGAUGACGCAUGGAUCACGCGGGUAAGUGAAAGUAUGGUAAGGGCUUCGCAAGGGUAUAUGAUGUUUUAUGUGCAGAAAAUGCUCUACUACACAUCAAGUGAAAAACAGGCAGCCUAAGAAGAGCAAAAGUUUGCGUCUAUCCCCAUAAAACUUGUUUGUGAGUUUUGAUUCAAACCGCUAAAAGGCGAUGCCAUCUGUAUUGGUAAAGCUCAACUUUGGAUUUAAACCGGUCUUCGGCUCUCGGACAUUUGGAUGUGAAGAAGCAUUUGCCUCCUCGGAUCGAAAUAUUGUUCCCGAACCCAAGUUUCACGUGGAAGAUAAGAGAGCAUAACUACUGAAACAAAAGGUGAAAGUGUAACCCUCCUUGCAAUUAAACUUGCUGAGAUUAAUGUUGAAUUUGAUUCAUAGGAGGCCCAACCCCCUAAUGUGUAUCUUAUCUUGUAAGAUUUCAGUGCCUGAUCUUGGGGUUCUUUUUGAACAAAUGAAGAACUUAUCAUUACUCACUCCGGUUAUAAAGGCGAUAUGGAUUC